AAAAAAUCGUAAUAAUCACAGGAUGUUUUAAAAUUGUAUUCAGAUGUCUUUGAAUCCCUUAUUUAUCUUUGUAAGACCAUGCGCACUUCAGUAUGGCUGUCAGACGAUUUCAGUACGUGUAACCUAUCCUGUCGUCACAGGGGAUGAUGUAGCUCAAUGUUUAGCUACAUGGCGGUUCAGUGAAAUGAGGUUGUGGAAGUAAACCGGCCUAGGUGAAUAGCGGACUGCCACUAUACCAGGUCCUGUACCAAUGUCUCCCAUGAGUUGGCUGGGAUUUAUAGCCUGCAAGUCACCCAUAAGAACAUCCUGGUAGCGGAGUCUUGGACGGCCGCGGGGGCGAGAAGCGUAAGCCAGCUCCCUAUCGAAAAUAUUUUUAGGCAGGCGACCGUCACUUGUCUACAGACGUGUCCAGACCAGCGGAGACGGCGAGCCAACAUCAGUGUGAAUAUAUCGCUAGUGCCCGUGAACUCCAAGAUGGCAAGGUUGGAAACACGGUCCUGCCAAGAAUAUGCCAAGUAUUCGGCGUAGGCAGCGGAAAUGAAGGCAUUCAGGCGGCGCUGCUGGCGACGAUAGGUUGGCCAUGUUUAAGUUUCACUGCAGUGAACCAGUACAUGAACACUCAGCACACCUGACUCGAAGAUACACGGAACUUAAGAGUGACUGAAUGUCCCUGACUCGAGCUAGAAGUCAGCCAAAGGUGGCCGCGGCAGCCCUACCAAUUCUUAAGUCAAGUUCUGCAUCCAAAAAGUUGGUGCUGGCAUGGUGCUGGUAACUGCAGAGCCCAGAUACUGGAAUUUGUCGAUUAAGCUGAGAUCUGUGCCACUGACUGUGAUAUUGGGCGGGGGAGUGAGGCCUUGUGUUAGAGCUACCGUCUUGCUGAGGCUGAUUUUCAAGUUAAUACCAAAGUCUAGGCAAGCGGCGCUGGCAUAGGAGUUACAGUGAUCUUGAAGUUCAGCCGUCACGGUAGAGUGAGCAACUGUGGCUGAGUCAUCCGCAUACAAGAGUUCUCGUACAAGGACUUGGCACGAAGACGGGACAAAUGGAAGAGGUUUCCAGAGCUGCGAGUGUAGCAGGAUAUCAGAUGGAACAGGAAAUGCGCGAUAUACAUGUAAUAGGGCGGAGACAGGGUAGGAGCACGGGAGCGAGCACACAGCUCUCGGCUUGACGCCUCGAGCAGAUCUUGAGCCAUUAAACUGGACUGUGGAAGCUCAUCAAAAUAAACAGCCAUCUAUGAGGGCAGCCCCUACCCCCAGAACUAUGGGGUCCGACAUCCGCCCUGCUCCCACAGUUCCGGGUGUUGGCAGCCCCAGUGCUUUAGGAUGGUGAACAAGAUCGAGUUACUCACACUGUCAAAUGUCUUUGUUAGAUCGAACAAGACGACAAGCAAGGGUUGGCGCUGUUCGACACACUUCUCCUGAAGUUGUCUUACGGAGAGGACCACGUCAGUAGUAGCAGCCUGGGAACGACACUACAACCAGUGUCCAGACAGAAGGAUGUGGCAGCCCCUGCUGCCGAGCUGUCAGAAGUGGACUACUGUUUGUCUGACCUCUACCCUUUGUUUGACGUGUCUGGCUUGGGUGGCCUUGCUAGCAUAGCUCGCAGGGUCACUGAAGUGCACAAAUUCCUCCACUGUGAUGAGGUAGCAGUCUAGGGAGAAGGAGGAUUUUAAUAAAACACCGUAAUAGUAAUAAUAUUGAGAGAUCUUGAGAUUUCCUUGUAAUUUUACUAUAAUAAUCUUGGGAUUUUCAAAUUUGAUGAGUAGCCACGGUGGCACUGCAGACAUUCUGGUAACUUCGUUUCAGCUGUUUGCUGACGUUUAAGCUUGUUCCACCACUGUUCGUACUCUAUGGUUUCACUCAGGCUAUUCACUGCUCAUUGAUUGAAUCAACUCAGAGAGUCGAAAUAGGACACUGUGCACUUCUUCCGUAAAACGGAUCUUUCCGUCCGCAAAUUUAACUUUCACUUUUCUGUCGAUGUGUACCACUCCCGUUGAAGCCAUGAUCUAAUUGAAGAAUUUUACUCUGUGUUGUAACGUUUCUUUUUAUCUCCUUUACUCCAGUCGUAAAGUGUCCUGGGUCUUCAUUUAGUCACAAAAAUAAUGGUUCGAUCAUAGUACACGAAGUUUUAUCAUAGAUUCGCCCAAGAGAGGGCGGUAUGACAUAUUCGCAGUAAAUUAUUUUUAUCAAGUCUGGUAACUGUAGUAAGCAAAGCCUUUUGUAAGCAAAACCUGUCGGAUGUGAUGCGGUUCCCUACUAUCAGCACACUUUGUAUUAUGAUUUGAAACAACAUUGUUACUGCUCAUAAUCACGGCGUAGUUAGUUGUAGAAGCCAGGAUGCAUGAUCUGACGUGUGGUUUGUUGAUCAUUUCCGCUUGCCCAUACGCCUCUGCUUGUUAAAAAGUGUGGACUAUUUCUUCUUUGUACACAUUGAAACACCCUGCCAGCAUUGAAAGCUGACAGAGAGUGUCCGCUACAACAAAAUGCCGGAAUUAAUCAGCGUUUUGGAGUUCGUAAACGAGACAAAUGAAGACCUUAAUUCGCCGACGACUUCCAAUUUUGUGGUGAAAAUGGGUGCUUGCCGUAACGUUGUCACCCAACUGGAAGAGACGUUGGACUCUGACAGAAGUGGCCUCGGAAAGAUGAGGAAGUCAGUCAAGAACAUCUACAACACUGGAAACACAUAUGUUGGCAACCUCCUCUCAUUUGCUGAAAACCUGGAGAAGCUGGGCUCCACCACUCUGUCCAAGGAAAAGGAACCAGACCUAGGGGCAGCUUUCUUGAAGUUCUCAGUCAUUACCAAAGAACUGGCUGCUCUUCUGAAGCAUCUGGUUCAGAACAUCAACAAUAUUGUGAUGUUCCCUCUGGACUCCUUGUUGAAGGGAGACCUCAAGGGCCAGAAAGGAGACAUGAAGAAACCAUUUGAAAAAGCCUGGAAGGACUAUGAAUCUAAAUACACCAAAAUUGAAAGGGAGAAGAAGCAGUUGGCCAAAGAAGCAGGGCUCAUCAGAACGACAAUAUCAGGCCCUGAGGUUGCAGAAGAAAUGGAGAAAGAAAGAAGAAUGUUUCAGCUUCACAUGUGCGAGUACCUCAUCAAGGUGAAUGAUAUCAAAUCCAAAAAGGGGGCGGAGCUUGUACAGCAUCUAGUAGAAUACUACCGGGUAGAAAACAGUUUCUAUCGUGAUGGCUUGAAGACCAUUGAGCAUUUCCAGUCCUACAUUGAUGAGCUAGCAGAGAACGUCCACAAGAUCAAGAUGAGACAUGACGAGGAGAAGAAGAAACUAAUGGACCUGAGAAACCUCCUCAAGACGAGCUUGUCGCUGGAUAAGGAAACUCCACCGGAAAAGCAAGGCUACAGCCUCCACCAACUCCAGACUGACAAAGCGCUUGGUACUGAGAAGACUGGUUUCCUACACAAACGGACGGAAGGCCUGCGCAAGGUGUACCAGAAGCGUCGGUGUGAGAUCCGAGACGGAUAUCUGUGCAUUGCUCACUCCACUGUCAGUAAGGCACCAGUCCGGAUGAAUCUAUUGACCUGUCAAGUCAAGCCUUCAUUAGAGGAGCAGAGCAAGAAGUACUUUGACCUCGUAGCAAGGGACAGAACAUACCACUUCAUGGCCGAGACAGAAGAAGAGGCCGCUGAGUGGAUAUCGGUGCUCAACAACAGCAAGAAGUACGCACUGGAUGCCGUCUUUGAUGACAGUAGCUCACCAUCAGACAUCCCCAAUAAGGGCCUACAGGAGCUGACCCAGGGUAUCGUCCGUCAGGUCAGGAGGUUACCAGCUAAUGACAUCUGCUGUGACUGCUCAGCACCAGAUCCACAGUGGUUAUCAACCAAUUUGGGUAUCUUGACAUGCAUUGAAUGUUCAGGAGUCCAUAGGCAGCUAGGUGUACACAUAUCAAGGGUGCAAUCUUUGGAACUGGACAGGCUUGGAACAGCGCAACUUCUUAUUGCAAUGACUGUUGGAAAUACUACUUUUAACCAAGUAUUUGAAGCUAGUCUGGAGCCUUCCAAUAAACCUGUGCCGAAUAGUACUAUGGAUGAGAGGAAGGAGUUUAUCUUUGCCAAGUAUGAGAGACGGAAGUACGUCUUAAAGACAAGUUCUAGUCCCUCCGUCAUGCUGCAGGAUUUGAGGCAGGCUGUGGUGCUGUCCGACAUGGACCAACUGCUGAGGGUGUUUGCUGAAGGAGUUGACCUCGCUGCUCCUGUGUCAGACACGUACAAUAAUGAGACAGCACUCCACCUGGCUAUUCGCCAGCAGGACGACACCAACCUGCACAUUGUGGAUUUCCUGAUUCAGAACCUGAGCCGUAUGGACCAGUGCAAUCAUAACGGAGACACGCCCCUCCAUCUUGCCGCCCGGCUGAAUAAAGUAGACUGUGUCAAAAUCUUACUCAGAGGGGGAGGGAAACCAACUGCAGAGAAUACCAUUGGUGAAACCAGUCUAGACAUUGUUGCCCGGAAUGGCUAUGGACAGUGCGAGGAGCUAAUGCGACAGGCCAUGUCAGGCAAACUGCUGCAGUGUGAGCAUGUUGACUUUGACUGGGGACUUAGUAGUGAUAAUGAAGAUGGCGCUGAUUUCAGUGAAGAGGAUGAACUGGACGAACGAGAAAAACCACCGAGGAAUUCACGCCAACAGAGUCCAGCUCGAAGAAAUGUUGUCCGACCACAAACCCUCGUCCAGUCACCAAGUGGGACAUUUCCCACCAAGUUGAGCCGUGAGCGGCCUUUAUCAGAAAAAGCAGAUGGCAGAAGGAUGAGGUCGUCCACGGACAGCAUUGUGAUGGAUAGACCAGUUCUAGAACGACCGUCUAUGCCUCCACCACCAGUACCACCUAGGAAAGUAGGGAGCGUUUCGAUGAAGAAAAAAGCCCCCAAUCCACCUCACAUGACCCACAAGAGGAAUUCCUCUGAUCCCGCAUUCAUCAAUUCCCCACCCCCAACCCCUCCAGCCAGGAUUACUUCUAUUAGAGAGAGUCCCAAAGGAAUCCCAGGUUCAGGUAAAGCUGGCAUGGUGUCUCCGACACGUCCAUCUUCAACAACGAUGGAUGCUAUGAGACAGCUGCUAACUGAAAGGCCCAACCUGGUGCUUAAGAACCGCCCACCCAGCACUGAAGGCCCGCCCCCAGUUCCUUCUAAGAAGAAGCUAUCAACAGCCAGUAUUGAGAGCAACAGUGAUGGUAACAGUCGACCAAUCAGCACCACCAGCUACUACACGGCCCACAGCGGCCAAUCAGACAGUCGGCCUAACAGCCAGUCUAACAGCCGUCCAGGGAGUGGGCGGAGUUCCACCUCUGGUUUGGAGGAUGAGAAAGGAAUGGGGGAUGCUCCAACGCCGGCGCCACGUGUGCACAGGACAUCUACCUCACAGAAAGGAUUAAGGCGAGUCAGGGCACUGUACGAUUGUCACGCUGACUACGAAGAUGAGCUUGAAUUCGAAGAGGGUGAGAUCAUUGUAGUGACAGGGGAGGCUGACAGCGAGUGGUGGAUUGGGGAGGUCGAGGGAAUGCCGGAACGACGAGGAGUUUUCCCAGUCAAUUUUGUGGAAAUCAGCGACGGAUAAUUGACUGAGGAGUCUUUGAUAAUCACCCACCAUGGACCAUCUUUCCUGAUCAUUUGCUGCUUUUCAGGGAAAGUAAAUAUAUGUAUUUUGUAGAUCUGUGUGUUUGAGAUUCCUUCAUUAAAACUUUCCUAUUGAAAUCUUUGCUUGUUUUUCAAUUUGUGGGGAAUAGUUUGUAGAAAUGAUGUACAUUUAACGGCUGUCUGAUUGUUCAGUUCUUUGGGUUGAGAGUCGAUAAUGAAAAAAAUGGAGCAAAUUUAGUUGAUUCAUUGAUAUUUACCUCAGCUCAGUUCUUUUCAAGAGACAGUUAUUUCCAUACCUUGCAACAGUAACAAGUGGUAUGUGUGGCACAGUUACAAAGAUCGGUGUAAGGGUCAAGAACAAACAAAGAGUGUGGAGGCCACUUCCUUGAAAGCUAAAAGCUUGUUGUGAGCGUCCCCUCAGCAACAAUACUGCUUCAGUUUUUUUGCCAAUGGUGUGGCAGAAGGAAACAUGCACCACUCAUAUACCCAACAACUUAUACAGAAGACAAGAAUUGUGAUGUCAUAUUGUAUCCCGCAUUGUAGCCAGCAUAGUCUGUUGUUUUAGCCCUAACAAAGUAUUGAGUACAGCCUGGACUUCAGCAGCUGCACUUUUUGGAUGACAGAAUUGUUCAUCUGCUUGUUUCUCACUACCACCCUUUACCACAUCUUUCUAAUAGCAUUUUGUUUUGCCACACAGAAUAGUUCAAGGCCUUUUUUUAACUUCAGUUCUGUCUCCAGCCUUGGCUCCAUUACUGGCUAUUAGCCUCGGAAGGAUACUUUAAAAGGCUAGACUAAAUCCAAGUCUUUGUGAAAGGACUCAGUGUGAUUGAACCCAAGAUCCCCAAAGUCUGGGUACAGUAAUAUUGUUGAGGCUAAGCCAGAAACAAUGCCAAGAUUUGAAAAAACCUAGUGUAAUUGCCUUUUAAAAAGGAUUGACGUGACACAGGCUAGUUCCUGGGGUUCGUUGUCAAGUGUUAGGAUGGUAGUAGUGGCAAGGUGCCAGACUGUUGCUUUUGUGACCAGUGACAAUUUAGGAUCAUACAUUACAAAGUAUGUUAACCUCACAACUCUUGUACAUGGCUGUUUUUUCACCGCAGAAACAAUGCUGUAGCUUUAUGACAGAAAUGAUGGGAAAAAGUGUUCAUAGAUUUUCUCACAUGAUGACAAAAAAUGAGUUAUUUUCAAAGUGAUCUGAAAACAAGUGCAUUAUGAAGCUAAAAUUAUAUUAAAGAUAUUUUUCUUUUUUAAUUUUUAAAUUGCCUUUCGUGCAAAGCAUGGUCAGUAGCGAUGAUUUUUUUUAAAGACUGACAGGGAAAACCUGCGUAAAGAAAGUGGGAAUAUAAAGGGGAAGAAUGUAAGUAUAUUUGACCAAGCUGCCAUCAUUUGUUGAUUUCUUAUUUGACAGCAAAUUGUUGAUUACGUUGUAAUUCCUUCCAGGAUAUGGCAUUUUCCUGACAAGACAAAGAAGUAGCUUUGUGCAAAUUCUGCUUGUUUUGGAGAUAACUAGACUCUUUCCCUUGUUUAAAUUUAAUUUUUAUAUUUUGUAGCAAUUUUGUAACAAAACAUUAAGUAUGAAUGUUUAGUUUGCCAUCUUUUGAUUAAUAUUGAACUGAAUUGCUACAAUUGUAAACAUUUUACAUAUUUCAUAAAAUGAUAUACCAUUAUUUAUUAUGCUGAAAAUUUGUUCAUGGAAUGUUCACGUUAAUUAAGAAAGAUGUUUAUUGUUCGCGUCUUCUGUGGAAACAAUACUCUCAGACUUCAAGUUUUUUUUUUAAAUCAGGGCUGAGAAAGUUUCCACAUCAGUAUUUAAUUUUGUUGGUGGUGCUGGGGAGUUUGCUUCUUUGAAAUGAGAUGCAAGUAAGUUUCCUGCCUGUUUAUUGAUUGCAGGAAGGUUACUGUCUUGACAGAAGCUCCUUUUCCUUUGAGGAAACUGACCAAAGGCAUCCUAGCUUGAAGGUUCUUCUCUUUGCCAUGACACAUGUCUCAUUAUUUUAUCUACUUUCUUAAACUUUUUAUGGUAAACUCCAGUGUUAAAGGCCCAAGUUAUCUCCCUGUUUAUAGUAAGGGAAAACUCGCCACUUACUGGAGCUGAAACUUUUCUGCUAAUGGUUAGCAAAUUUGUUGAGGUGAUUGGGCUUUUGUACGCUCAUACACCUGUGUGAAUUCUGUGCCUGUUCUAGUGCUCGGAGUACAGACCAUUAGCACUAAAUUUCAACCAUGAAAUUCAGUCGUGAAGAGUAAAAAUAACUGAGGGGGCGUAGUUGAAUGUUGAAGGCCUGAAACCACAUGGAAAGAAUGCAUGAUGAGCUGCUGUGCUUACAAAUUGAAUGGAUAGUGGUAUGCAUUAUACAUUGGUCUAAAUACAGUGUCUCUAGGCUUCAAGCCUUCCAAUGUCUUGUGCUUUUCAUCGUCCAACUACGCACAUGUUGCCAUGGAUACCACAGGAUUGAGAACAUGAAGAAAUUGUAGAGAUUUUAUAUUCUUUUUUUGGCCUCAAAAGGCUUGUGUCACUUUGCAUGUGCGUCCUCUCGCAGAAAUGUACCUUGUAGAGGAAAAGGAAGAACAUCAUGUGAAUCCAGUGAGUCUCUUUUGGGUUGGAAGGUGGGAAGGUGAAGUAGGUUUCUGUUCUUGCAAGUUUGCCUGAAUUUUGUUGAGUGGAAUCAAUUAUUUAUUGUCUAGGGUUCAUAAAAUAAAUAUAGAUUGAAAUUAUUGUUGCAAUACAAAUACCAAUCUGACAGGACCAAUUUCUUGGUACUUGGGAAAGCUUAAUCAUGCCAGCUAUUUUUGACUCCUGAGUAUUUCUAUAUUUUGCCUAAAUCGUUUUGAAUCCAGAUGUUUUGUCAAGAUUAUUAAAUAAACUUGUCACCCACAGAAAACACAUUAAUUUUUUUGGGGGGAUACGUAUCUCUGCCAUAUUUCUGCUGGUAAUGGGACCUCUAAGUUUUCAAUUAGAGAUCUAUAAAUAAGUUACUUGGCCAUGUCUUUGCAUUGUCUGGAUUCAGAAACAUCUUUAGAAUGUUAUGUAAGGUUGUUCUUUAUGAGUUUUAGUAAGGACAGAUACCUUCUUGCAUACAUUGCCAGCUCUGCUGCUGUUUUUCAUGUUUUUGGUUUUCUUUAAGGUGAAGUGUUUAUGUGAGUAUUAUGAAAUACUGACUAAGAAAUAUCUUGAGGUCUAAUUUAUUUCUCUUUGGAAGUAUAUGAACAAGCAUUUGGCAGUUGAUUUGAAGCUUAAGAGGUCCCACCAAAAAAAUUUCUUGGCGAGGAGAUGGGUUGUACUUAGCAGAAAUGGAUCUAGUUAAAAUGUUAACAUAGAGUGGGUUUGUAUAGGGCAGUUGGAGGGAGUUUUCAAGCUCAGACUUGCAUUGGUUUAGCCAAUGUUUCAUGCAUUCUGUACUACUUGGAAAUGGUUUUUCAUUUCCUGAGGAGUGACAAAGUCAGUCACUUAAGUAGCAUUUUCUACAUGUACUGUAUAUAGCGUGUGCUGAGCAGUGAUAGUUUUGUUCAUCAUUUUGAGGCUUAUGUUCAGAACCUCUUGUGGGAUGUGUGGCUUUUGUCAGACUAGGUCUCAGCUAGCUGAUUACCUCAUCAAUUUGCUUUGUUCCAUCAUUUUCUAUGCUUCCCCACAAAAUAAGGCCGACAAAAUUCUCACCCUCAAAUGUUUUGGAAGGAAUCUUCCUGAAUCCUACAGAAUCCUCCACUGUGAGGGAAACCAAAUGCACAUUAAAUGACGUCACCUUUCAAGGGAAAUCAAGACCCAUGGAGAGUAACAGUGGCUGGGCUCUACCUUCCUCAAUCCUGCAAAUUCUCCAAAAUUUCCUGCUGGAUUUGAAAGUAUAAUCUGACAGAGCUUUGUCAUCAAAAAUGACCAACUUUUAAAAGUUUUUUCUCACGUCUGAAUUGAGAUAAAUUCAAAUUGACGUCCACAUAAUACCAGCAUAUUCCAGUUAGAAGAAGCCAACUUCUUGAGAUCAACACAUCAGACAUCUUACCCGAUGGUGUCUGUGUUAAUGUAAUCGUGUACUGUAAAUGUAUAGAUAUUUUUAAAAAACCAUAUGUUGUAUGAUAUCUACAUAAAUGUACAUGUAUUGUAUAAAGUGUUUGUGUCAUGCUUUAUUCAGACCCAUUUUGUAAAGUCAGUGGAUUGGAAUAAAGAGUUUACUAAAGUGUGACAGUU